GGUUUCCGCACCCUCCUGCUCUCCCUACAAAGCCGAAUCCUUGUCCCCUUCUGUGUUUCGCACUCCAGAACAGCGUCGCGAUACCUCGUCCGUUGAGAAACCCACUUUCUCCGACCCUAUUUUCCUUGCUGUAAGUUUGGUUUUCCAGGCAUAAUCGCGGGCGCCGUCAUCAGGCAGCGUCGGAUUACCGGUCCCGGGGAGUGUGAACCAGCCACUUUCGCUGCAAAUCUGUCAACUUCAACUGGAACGCACUUGCUCAUCCACUGUUCAUUCCCUCAGCACCUGGCCUACCAACAACCCAAACUUCCAAUUCUCUCCCCCCCCCCUCAGGGCAUUGGACAUCGCCUCGCACAUUGUUGAGCUCCACUGACGUUGCAAGUCGCACGCACAUUGCACACAUACACACACGACCAGCUUAGCUUCAAAUCCGCAUCCACUAUGGCAACUCCACUUCCAGCUUCGAUGCCUCUGGGCCAGCGUCUCGCCGCUCUCGCCCAGACGCUGCAGUUUGCAUGGUUCUGCGGCCAUGUUACACUCCUCCUUUCGAUGCUUAGGUACAGCUUGAGCUAUGUCACGUUCAACGCGGCGUCCAGGUGGGCGGCUGUGUCUUAUCGCUUUGCGUUCAUGUCGGCUACCGUCACGUACGGCAUCGUCGUUUACAAGGCGUAUCGCGCCCGCAUGAGGUCGGGAAAGCAGGGUGGAAUCAUCUCUCUGGCUACGGAUGAGAAUGUUCAGUAUCUAACUAACCCCCUCACUGUCAUGGCGCUGGUCUGGCUCUUCUCGCGCCAAAUCCCGCUCGCCGUCCUCCCUUUUGCCGUCUACUCCGUCUUCCACGUCGCCACGUACGUGCGCUCCAACCUUCUCCCCACCAUCCAACCCCCACCAUCUUCAGCAUCCCCCUCUGCCAAGCCCAAACCCAACGCCGCCUCCGAGACCAUCGGCAAGUUCGUCAAAGAGUACUACGAUGGCAGCAUGACACUCGUCGCGAUCCUCGAAAUCGCGCUGUGGUUCCGGGUCUUCGGGUCCGCACUCCUUUUCCAAAAGGGCUCCUGGAUUUUGCUAUGUGUGUACACGGUGUUCUUCCGUGCGAGGUAUGCGCAGAGUAGUUUUGUUCAGGGGGCGAUUACGCAGUUGGUGGGCAGGGUGGAUGCACAGCUGGCGAACCAGAGUACCCCGCCGGCGCUGAGGCAAGGCUGGGUGACGUUUAAGAAUGUAGUUAGGCAGGCGGCGGAUGCGACGGAUAUUCGCAAGUAUGUGGGUGGGAGCGGGAGUGCUGUGCCGAAGAAAGCGCAGUAG